AUCAUCGCUAGUUAAUGGAUCAGUUGGAAAAGUUAACAUUACGACCAAAAGGCAAACGCAAUCUGGGUUUUUGGGUCUGUUUUAGGAUUAGUUCAUAAAUCAGAAUUCACCAGAGCCCUUAAUUUUUUGUCCCAAAGAAUUCAUUUCGUCUACUUCUAUCAAACCCAAAUCAUCAAUAUCAUCACCAACCAGUAACCAUAUCUCAUUGGAUCAUCAUCCAGGAGAGAUUGAUUCGGACAUACGAGAAAAAGAAAGUUAUGGCUAAUCUGUAUGUAAAGGCGGUGCCACCGGCGGAUCUUAACCGGAAUACAGAGUGGUUCAUGUAUCCAGGGGUUUGGACCACCUAUAUACUCAUCUUGUUCUUCUGUUGGCUCCUUGUUCUCUCCAUAUUUGGUUGCUCUCCUGGCAUGGCCUGGACUAUCGUCAAUCUCGCCCACUUCUGUAUCACAUACCACUUCUUCCAUUGGAAGAAAGGAACACCCUUUGCGGAAGACCAGGGGAUCUAUAAUGGGCUAACUUGGUGGGAACAGAUAGACAAUGGAAAGCAGCUUACACGCAAUAGGAAGUUUCUAACUGUAGUUCCUGUGGUGCUGUAUUUGAUAGCCUCUCACACAACUGAUUAUCAAUAUCCAAUGCUCUUCUUCAACACACUUGCAGUGCUAGUGCUUGUUGUUGCCAAGUUCCCGAACAUGCACAAGGUUCGGAUCUUUGGAAUCAAUGCAGACUCGUGAAGAUGGGCUUCUGUUAAAAAUGGUUGUUUUACUUGUUUAAAAAGCCACUGUCCAUUGAUCCAUCUGCUACCCUGCUGAAAGGUUGUAUCUUUGUAUAGAAAGUCAGAACUGGAAGGAUAUUUGAAUAUGUAAUACACUCUCGAGCAAGUUUUUUCAAGUUGUCUUUGUACAGUAGAGAACUGUUGUGUCCUUGGCUUAUUACAUAAUUUUGACCGUGCUAUUGUUGUCUCC